CUCUCGGAGGUAAACAAUCCCUGGCAAGGGUCACGUGAGCAGCCUCCAGAGAGGGAUCAGCUCGCCCUCAAAGUAAACCCUCCAGUCCUCAAGCAGAUUGGGGCAGCGUUUGCAGGGGUCACUGGGGAGUUGCAAGGCUGACUGAAUACAGAAUUUCCUAACGCAAGACAACAUGAAUGGGCCAUCGCUGCUGCUUCGAUUUCCUCUCACCCAUUUUCUUAAGAAUAAUAGGAGACCACUGAAGAGUUUCUGCUGGAUGUUCAGUACCGCAUCUGUUUUUCCAUAUGGCCAACAGGCUAACUUGCUUCAGUUUUGUAGUUCAAGGAGGACCAUCUCUUUGAAAGGUCUGAAGGCUGGCCUGUGUCAUGCAGCAGUGUUAGAACAGCAGGCCUGGGAGCUCUCUGACAAAGAACAAAGACUUCUAGACAGACUGUACAAUGGGCUAAUCCAAGGACACAGGGCCUCUUUGGCAGAAGCCAUUACUCUUAUAGAAUCCACACACAGCAGGAAGAAAGCAGUGGCACAGGUGCUCCUUCAGAAGGUACUAUCCUACCACAGAGAACAAGAACAGUUAAAUAAAGGAAAACCACUAGCCUUUAGAGUGGGGUUGUCUGGCCCUCCUGGUGCUGGGAAAUCAACAUUUAUUGAAUGCUUUGGGAAAAUGCUCACUGAAAGAGGGCACAAAGUGUCUGUUUUGGCAGUGGAUCCAUCCUCUAGCACUAGUGGUGGCUCACUCUUGGGUGAUAAGACACGGAUGACUGAGUUGUCAAGAGAUAUGAAUGCUUACAUCAGGCCAUCUCCAACCAGAGGAACGCUAGGUGGGGUGACGCGGACCACAAAUGAAGCUAUUCUGUUGUGUGAAGCAGGAGGCUAUGACAUUGUUCUUGUAGAAACAGUAGGUGUCGGGCAGUCAGAGUUUGCUGUCGCUGAUAUGGUUGAUAUGUUUAUAUUGCUGCUGCCACCAGCAGGAGGUGACGAGUUGCAGGGUAUCAAACGAGGUAUAAUUGAAAUGGCAGAUCUUGUUGCAGUAACCAAAGCUGAUGGAGAUCUCAUAGUGCCAGCACGGAGAAUUCAAGCAGAAUAUGUCAGUGCUCUGAAAUUACUCCGUAAGCGUUCAAAGGUUUGGAGACCAAAGGUCAUGCGGAUCUCUGCCAAGACUGGAGAAGGCAUCUCUGACAUAUGGGAUAAGAUGACAGAAUUCCGAGAACUCAUGCUCACAAGUGGUGAGUUGCUCACCAAACGAAGGAGGCAGCAAAAAGUGUGGAUGUGGAAUGUAAUCCAAGAAAGCAUGCUAUACCAUUUCCGGAGUCACUCAGCAGUGAGAGAUCAGAUUCCCCUUCUGGAAGAAAAGGUUGUCAGUGGGAUUCUUUCUCCUGGACUGGCUGCAGACCUAUUGCUCAAAGCCUUUAAAGAAAAAUCCUAACCCUUAGCUGUACGUAUAUGUUAUAUGAUUAUGUAAAGUGUAUGAACAUUAAAAAACAAUUUUCCAA